ACCUCCUCAUGGAUGUUAGUCGGGUUCGUUAACUGCUGAGCCACGAUGGGAACUCCUAUAUUUUCCAAAUUUUAUACCAUGAAUAUAUACUCCUGUAAUGGGAAUGAAGGGAGUUAAUAUUCUGCCUUGGGAAUUCCCACUGUGGUACAGCAGAUUAAGGAUCUGGUGUUGACUCUGCAGUGGCUUGGGUUGCUGCUGAGAUGUGAAUUUGAUCCCCAGCCCAGUGCAAUGGUUGAAGGAUUUGGUGUUGCCACAGCUGUGAUAUAGGUGACAGCUGAAGCUCAGGUUUGACCCCUGGCCUGGAAAUUUCCAUAUGCGGCCAAAAAAAAAAAAGCUUUGCCUUGCCAUACAUGUUUAAGCAAAUCAUGGUUUUGUUUAAUGUUAAUGUAAAUAGAUCUCAGGAGCCAACUUCUGUAUCCAACUCUAGUUGGAUAUUGAUUCUUUACUAAAAGAGCAGUGGAAUAUAUAGUUUGUUAUCUUUUAAAUCAUUGAUGUGUAGAUUUAGCAUAUUAAAGAUAAGAAUUAUAGUAAUGUUCAUUGUCAAAAUAAGUUCAUGAAUCAUUUAUAGCUGUUGUGUGUGGAUGACUGACCGGGUCAGCUAGGUACAUGGGUAGAGAAAUAUUUGACCUUGUUUGUGUCAUCAGAACGCUUCCAAACUAGUUUUCCCACAUGAAACAAAUAAACAAAAUGCUAAUAAACCUUCCGUUAGAAAGUGUUGAGUUAAACAUAAGAAACUGAUCAUAUGUUACAUAUGACUUUUUAAUAAGAAAAGAGCUCUUUAUUGACUGGUGUUGGCUAUUUCUAUCCCAAAGGUAUAACAACAUAUGGUAGAAUAGAUUAGACCUUUUAAUUCAUAGGUUGAAAUAUUUAUCUUGGAGAUCCACGAGACAUUUUUUUUUCUGAAACGAAUAGACAUUUUUUAGAUCAAUAUUUAAUUUAUUUUAAACUUUAGGUUAAUUGAUGGCUUUUUCUUUUCUUUCAGGCUUAUCCAAGUUUUAGUUUUGUUGCAAAAGCAGGCCAAGACUUAACUUCUCUUGUGAACAAGUGUGCAGAUUGUGACAUAUGUCUGUCCAAGGAAUAAAUAAACAUGCAGUCCUCCCUCCUAUCAUUAGUAGAAGUGACAAAGAAUUUUUGGAAAGAAUGCAAAGAUACAUAAUCACAGAAACUCAAAGAGUGGGCUGUAAUGAGGAAGGACCUGCUGAUGAAUAUUAUAUCAUAUACCGAAACGUUUUUGAUAAGGUAAUAGAGUAUGUCACUGCAUACAAGUCCAUUCUAACUUCAAUCAAAAAAGAAUAUGAUGCCUUUAUUGAAACUAUAAAGAAAGACCAAAGAACUGCAUUCUCUCUUCAUGGAAGACUUAAAGUUUUGGCAGGAGAGCCCACGGCAUUGAUAUAUCACAGGAAAAGAAUACUCCAACUUCAAGAAAAGAUGAAGCAUAUUGAAAAUAAUUCCUCAAAGAUUCAAUUGCAAAUAGAUGAAAUUAAACAACUUAGGGCGGAGUAUGACGCAAAAGAAGUACAAUCUUGUACUUUCUGCAAAGAUCCUUCAAAACCUAUUCCAGGUAUGACUCUCCAAGAAUCUGUCAAUUUAGAUGCUCUCACUAAAUACUUGAAACAUCUUGAAGAUAAAUAUGCAGAAGUUGAACAGCUUAUAUCAAAAAAAUAUGUACCAGCUCAGAGGAAGGCAGAUUUAGAGGAGGAGAUGAUUGUGGUAUUAGAACGUCGAGAUUUAGCUGAAAAUCUGAACAAAGAAUUACAGUUUCGUCAUCAAGGACUGCAGAUUAUUUCACAGGCACUUACUUUGUGGAUAAAAUCUGAUAUGAGCAGAUCAUUUCAAGACAUUGUGGAGCAAAUUCGGAAAACUAAAGAUUUUCAUGAUGAACAAGGCAUCGUUGAGGAAAUCCUUGAAGAUGAUCCUGGCAAGGCAAAAGAAGCUGAACUUUUGCUUUACUAUGUUGAAAGGUUCAAUGAAUUAAUCUCACUUGGGGAAUAUGAAAAGGCAGUUUAUUUUGCAGUGAACAGUCCUAGAAGAAUUCUUCAAAAUAUUGGAACAAUGAAUAAAUUUAAGGCUGUUGGAAAAAUUAGGGGAAAACCUUUCCCAUUGCUCUUAUUUUUUGAAGCUAUCUUUAGCAUAAGUCAUGCUUUUAGACAUCCUGUUGAUGCAGAACUAACUCUGGAAGGAAUCAAAUGUGGAUUAUCUGAGAAACGUUUAGAUUUAGUUAUCAAUUGGGUCACCCAAGAAAGGCUGACAUUUUCUGAGGAGGCUGGAGAUGUGAUUUUUGAUUAUGGGGAGCAGGAUACUUAUAACAAGUCCAAAUGCCUGGCUUUAGCUCAGAUUAUCUAUAGUGAAUGUGGCCUGCAUAAGAAAGCACUUCUUUGCCUGUGUAAACAGGGUCAAAUUCAUGGGGCUAUGGAAUAUAUACAACAAUUCAAGGACUUUACUUCGGAUGACCUGAUGCAGCUAAUAAAGUUAUGUCCCCACAUUGAAUUAAUCCAGUGUCUCACUAAAGAAUGGAAUGGGAAACCACCAUCUUUAUCUUUUGGUCUUGCUCUACUUUACCUGUUUUCUGUAGAUAUGAAAAAAGUUGGCAUUAAGCUACUUCAAGAAAUAAAUAAAGGUGGGAAAGAUGCAAUUGAACAUCUUAUGAUAAAUGAUCCAUUUUGCUCCCUAGAAAAGUGGCAAGAAGUGGCAAAUAUAUGUUUACAGAAUGGCUUUGACAAAUUGUCUAAUGACAUCAUGUCCGUUCUUCGAUCUCAGGCUGGAGUUACAGAAAUUUCUGAAGAGGAUGAUACAGUCAACUUAAUGCAGCAUGUUUUUUGGUAGUUCUACAUUUUAACCAGCUGAGGGAGCCUGUGCAACAUUUUAUGUAUAUUGGUUGGGCAAACUGAUCUUGGUAUAACUAACUUAAAAAUAAACUAGCAUGUAAAAGUUCA